ACUGCCCCGUAGUCUACAGUGUCGCUCCUCGCACGAAACACACGUGUUUCCCUUCGCGGUUCCACGUCGCGCGCACCAACAUGGCCCCGGAUGCAGUACCGCGGUCGGCCGCGCGGGGCGCACCACCAUCCCGCGUUCAGGCGGCUCGCGGGAGCUCCUCUGCUUUCCGGGACAAACUCGUCAGCGGCCGCUUGACCUCCGCGAAGCAACGGUUUCCUCUUCUUUUCACUUUUCUCCUGUAGUGUCCAUAAAAGAGAGGGCGGGCUGCGGAGCGCGCACACGGCGACCCCCGUUCACCGCGAGCUAAAGAAGUUAUUAAAAAAGGUAGAGAGCGAGGAGGAGCGAGCGCUAAGCGUGGCCGGACCUCGGUCGGGUUGGUUCUAGUUGGUCUGUGGUCCUGGGGAGCUGCAGCGGUGCCCAUUAUCUAGUGGUCAGUGCUGUGGUGGGUGCCUGGCUGUGCGGGACAGUGCGAAGACCACCGGUGUAUGGCUCUUAUGGAUAAACACAAAGUGAAGCGACAGAGACUUGACCGCAUCUGCGAAGGCAUACGUCCACCGAUCCUGAAUGGACCGAUGCACCCACGUCCACUGGUGGCCCUACUCGAUGGACGGGACUGUACCGUGGAGAUGCCCAUCCUGAAAGAUGUUGCCACCGUGGCAUUCUGCGAUGCCCAGUCCACUCAGGAGAUACAUGAGAAGGUGCUGAAUGAGGCAGUGGCUGCGCUGAUGUACCACACUAUCACCCUGACACGUGAUGAUCUUGACAAAUUCAAGGGUCUGCGAGUCAUUGUACGAAUUGGCAGUGGGUUUGACAAUGUGGACAUUAAGGCAGCAGCUGAACUAGGCAUUGCCGUGUGCAAUGUUCCAUCGUCGUCGAUUGAGGAGACUGCUGACACUGCGAUCUGUAUGAUUCUCAACUUGUACCGGCGGGUGACAUGGAUGCACCAGGCUCUCCGUGAGGGAACACGUGCCUGCGGGGUGGAGCAGAUUCGCGAGGUGGCUGGUGGGGCAGCACGGAUCCGAGGGGAGACGCUGGGCAUAAUUGGCUUGGGACGUGUGGGUCAGGCGGUGGCCCUUCGGGCCAAGGCCUUUGGAUUCAAUGUGCUCUUCUAUGACCCCUACCUGCCGGAUGGUGUGGAGCGCUCACUGGGCCUGCAGCGCAUGGCAACACUGCAGGACUUGCUCAUCCACUCAGACUGCGUGUCCCUGCACUGUAGCCUGAAUGAGCACAACCAUCACCUUAUCAAUGACUUCACCAUCAAGCAGAUGCGUCAAGGCGCUUUCCUGGUUAAUACAGCGAGAGGAGGACUAGUGGAUGAGAAGGCACUGGCACAGGCCUUGAAAGAGGGCCGGAUACGAGGCGCUGCCUUGGAUGUCCAUGAGAUAGAGCCGUUCAGCUUCUCUCAGAGCGCUUUGAAAGACGCCCCAAAUCUCAUCUGUACUCCGCACACAUCCUGGUACAGCGAGCAGGCUUCCAUUGAGGCUCGGGAGGAGGCUGCCAGGGAGGUGCGCCGGGCCAUCACAGGGCGCAUCCCUGAUAGUCUGAAGAACUGUGUGAACAAAGAGUACUUGAUGGCAUCACCUCAGUGGCCAGGCAUGGACUCGAGCACCGUGCACCCAGAGCUGAAUGGAGGUGCUACGUACAGGUUCCCGACAGGCCUUGUGGGGGUACCAGCAGGUGGGCUGCCAGUGGCAGGUGCUACCAUGGAGGGAAUAGUUUCGGGAACAAUGCCCAUAGCACAUGGCAUCGCCCCAGUGUCCCGCCCUCCCCACACACCAUCACCAGGCCAGCCCUCCAAGGCAGAGACAGACAGAGACCUCCCAGCUGAUCAGUAGUAGCCAGCCAUGGCUUUCCAUGAACCCGCGAUCUCAGCCUCCACCUUGACACAGGCCCACCGACAUUGUUGUCCUGAUCUGAUCCAGCCUCACAGAAUGGAGCACCUCUCCUGGUCUCUGUUUCCAGUCUGCUUUCAGUUCCUCCACUAGUUCCUGGUCUGUCUUACUGACCCAGUAAUGAGCAAUAACUCUUGUCUCAAGGAUUCAAUAACUUUUGUUUUCCCUGUUUCCUCCCCCCCACCCCCCUUCCGUUUUUUGGCCGGUUUGUGUUUGAACCUCUUAAGUGUUUCCUCAAGCUGUUCUGUUAAUUGUUGUAUUUGUAAAUCAGGUAAUGUGUUUUAAGCUAAUUUCUAGUUUUUAUAAUAUUGCAGUAAUCAGAAUGAUCUGUUUUCCUGUUAAAACACUGUACUAUACACAGACAAGCCAGAUAUAGUCAUUUCAGGUUAAACAUGUUUGGAAUUAGUUUAAAUCUUUUGUAUUUCUUAAGAACUUAAACGUGGAGUUGGGACAGAUUCUGAACAUUCGUCUAAAGACUGAAGUAGUGAAGUACUGAAGCACAAGUCCUGUUGACCUAUGCUAUGUGCACUUGUCUUGUUGCUAUGGGUUUCACAAGCUUAAAUUGUUUUGAUUAAAUUUGGAUCUUUUUCACAUUCUUCCUGUGGCAGUCAAGAUGAUGGAAAAAGCCUGUGUGUUUUAUUGUAGUUCCAGCUGCAAAGGAUUGCUCUGUUCUAAAGAACUUUGAAGGGAUCCCCUGCUCAACAUGUUCUGUGGUACCCUGUGAACAUUUGUCAU